AUGGCCCGAAAGUUAACCAUAUUAUUCGCACCGUUAGAGGCUGUGGGACACGUGAAUGCGUGCAUAGGUUUGGCUGAAGUACUGCUGAGUCGGGGCCACAAAAUAGUCUUUGCUAUCGAUCAGUCCUUUGAGGGCCGGUUAGCGCCGUUUGGAUUCACUGAAGAGAUACUGAUUACCGAUGAAAGUGGCCGUAAAAAGCCCGGCGAGACAAUGGCCAAGGAGUUGCUGAAUUCGGGCCGUAUAUCUAACGUGUCGUCGACUGAGUCGAUGAAAACGGCCCAAAAGUCUGCCGCCGGCGAUAUGUUUGCCAAAAAGCGUGUAAUUGAGCCGAUGUUGAGGGCUAUUGUGGCCAAACAUAAUCCGGACGUCUCUGUGGUCAGCGAAUUCUCGCCAUCGCCGACACUCAUCUACUCAAACAAGCCGUGGGUUUUUGUUUACAGUCAAAAUCCAUUGAUGGCAAUGCCCGACGACAACCUGCCUCCCGGUGCCACCGGUUUUGCAGUGAAUGGCGAUAGAAGUGAAUGGAAAGCACUGAAGGAAAAGAUGCAACAAAUGAUGAUUAAUAACAGAAAUGUUAAAUACAAUGAAUUUAUAAAAGAGCAGGGAUUUGAUCAAAGGGUUGAUAAAGCGCUUCCAGACUCGCCGUAUCUUAAUAUCUAUGGCUUUCCCGAAGAACUCGAUUACACAGACAUCCGACCCAUACCUGAGAAGUGGUUAAGAGUCGACACAUUUAUG